CUAUAUCACCCCAAAAAUGCACAGUUAAAGGGAAGGGUGCCCAAUAAAUAGCCUUGGCAUGGCAUGGCAUGGUUACCUCACAUUUUUUUGAAGCACUGGAAUGCGAACGCCCCCUGUUGGAAGCAACAGUCCCAGCCACAGAAGUUGACUUUCUCUGUCGGGAUUUGGACUCUCGCUUCAAUGGACACUGUUGCCUCAGAGACGACCCCAGGUCGUGUGGACACACCGUGCCAGACAGGCCGAGAGCAAACAACAUCGUGGAAUUUUAUCCCCAAAUAACAGCCAAAGUGAGAGACGCAUUCCAUCCUGUCACUGCUGCUUCGACCUCUUUCAUUUACCAUUGAUAUCGUUCAUCCUGAGGACGGCGUGUUUGUGACCAUGGCUGAGCAGUUAUCCCAGAGUGAACUUGACUACCCCUUCAAACUGCUGGAGUAUUUCAACGGCUUCCGAGUAUCCAAGGUGAUAUUCUCUGCGUGUGAGCUGGGUGUGUUUGACCUGCUGCUGCAGUCCCAGAGGCCCCUGGCGGCGCGCGAGGUGGCAGAGGUGCUGGGCACCAGCGAGGACGGCAUAGAGAGGCUGCUGGACGUGCUGGUGGGCAUCGAGAUACUGGAGGUGGAGAAGGUGGAGGGCACAGCCUGCUACAGCAGUACGGACGUGUCCAACCUGUACCUGGCCAAGACCAGUGCCAAGUCUCUACACCACAUGAUCAUCUACAACUCCCAGACCAUCUACCCACUCUGGAAUAACCUGGGAGACGCCGUCAGGGAAGGAAAGAAUCAGAAUGAAAAAACCUUUGGAUUGCCAUCUGAGGACAUCUUUGCAGCCAUGUACAGGUCGGAGGAGGAGAUGCUUAAGUUCAUGGGCCUGAUGAACUCUACGUGGGCCAUAGAUGGCCAUGAUAUCGCCACAGCUUUUGACCUCUCUCCAUUUAAAUCCAUUGUGGACCUCGGGGGCUGCUCUGGGGGUUUGGCACGUGAGCUGGCCAGAGAGUACCCCUCCUCCAAAGUGACUGUGCUGGACCUGCCGAAAGUCAUCGAGACCGCCAAGCAGCACUUCUCGGAGAGCGACAGCACCAUAGAGUUUAUGGAGGGUGACUUCUUCAACGGGGACCUUCCUCCUGCGGAUUUGUACGUUCUGGCUCGGAUCAUCCACGACUGGAAAGAGGAGAGGUGUGAGCAGCUGCUGAAGAGGAUACACUCGUCUUGCUCACCUGGUGGCGGUGUGUUAAUAGUGGAGGCGCUGCUGUUUGAGAACCGUCGAGGACCAAUCACGGCGCAGCUAUUCUCACUGAACAUGCUGGUGCAGACGGAGGGCAAGGAGCACCCGCCCUCCCGCUACACGAGCAUGCUAACACAGGCCGGUUUCAGAGACGUACAGGUGUGCCGCACGGGGAAGUCCUACGACGCUGUCCUGGCCCUCAAAUGAAAACUCUCUCUCUCUCACAACACACACAAGUCAUAUGACGCUGUCAUGGCCCUCAAAUGAACUAUCUCUCUCUUUCUCUCUCUCUCACACACACACAUACACACACACACACACACCUCCUCCCCUCCACCUCCACCACCAGCCGUACUGACACAGGCCAGAUUCAAGGAUGUGGAGUUGUGCCGGACACAUGCGCACUCUCACACAACAUGCACACAUUGCACACAGUGCAUGCGCGCACACACACAGACACACACACACACACACACACACACACACACACACACACACACACUCACACUCUCACUCUCUCUCUCUCUAAAUACAAUAUGUGUGCCAACCCCAUCCCCAAUACAUACACACAAUCCAUACUAAGGUCACUACCCAUCACCUCCACCCUAAUGAAGUUACUAAGCCCUCUCCUUAGCCGUGGAGCUACACCCUGCCUGUUGACUCUCUUCAAACUUCACACCUCAUCUAAACUGAAGCGGAUCAUCUCUGUGUGUAAUGGAUGUCAGCUAGCAGACUUCGUCAUUAGUAUGUUAGUAAGCCUCCCUCCUGAAACCUCAUACAGAUUCAGCAGUGACUGAACUAUGGGCCUAGAUCUUCUACUCAGUGCUUUCAUGCAUGUUCCCAUGUUGAAGUUUUGCUGUGAUUGGGAGGUUGCGGGUUCGAGCCCUGAGAGGCAGACUUGCGUGGACAAGUACUAUCGUCACGUGCGUGAAAUCUAUGCACUACUGCCAUAUCAAGGGGUGCUUUUUGAGACUGUGAGAUAGAUUUUCAUGAUGUUCUCCUGAAGUGUGUGUGUACGUGUGUGCGUGCCCGUGUGCAUGCAUGCGUGUGUGAAUCCUAACCCUUUUUUGAUAGGAAACACCAGUUCAAUUAUUAUUCAAUUAAAAUGUAUUUAUUGUAUACAUCACAGUAUCACAAUUACACAUUAAGUUGACUCAGUGCUUUGCAUUCAAACGCACACAUUCCCACACCGGCUUUGAAUACUGCCAUGCAUGGCACAAUGUCCGGGGUUCAGUGAGAAGGUGUACACACACACACACCUACACACACACACGCGCACACACACAUGCACACACACACGCAUGUAUAAUUGCCACACAUUUACAGACAUACUGUAACAGACUGCACCGACCGUAAGAGGCACAACAGAUGACGAAUUUGACAUAUUGUAUCUAUUCUUUAUUAAUUGUGUUGCCAUGGUCUGUAGAAGGAUAUGUUAGUGACACUUCUUUUUGACGUGUCACAUGAACAAGCCAACAGCAAAGAUGUAUCCAACCAGGUAACUAUUUUGAGUUGGUGUGCUGUUGAAAUGUUUCUGUUUUGUUACAGGUAUGUUUGACCAAAAUAACCAUAUCUACCUUGCCCUUCAGAUUCCCAGACUUACUGUAUAUUGCCUCUAACCCAUAUAGAAGUCACGUUUGUUUAUUUUGUAUUGUUUUUUUCCAGCAAUGUCAUUAAACUUAAUCAGAUGAUAUUUA